AACAAAAUCGGAGUUUAGACUUAUAAACAUCAGAAGCAUUAUUUUGUAAAAAUGGCCAAAGGCCUGCAUAUAAUAAUACUUGACUCGAAAUGGAAGAAGAAAGCCCAGAAACAUUGGUAAAUUUUGUGAAAACAGUGACGUCAUCGGUUCAGUCGGCUUUGCGGAGUUCAACAACGUCUUGUAAAAAAGCAACAAAGGAACAAAACUACACACGUCGCAGAAGAUUCAAGAAAAAAUCUGAGGUUACCGAAAAAUCUCUUAGAAAAAACCGACAGUAUCUUGUUCAGCAGAAUUCAAUACAGCACAUGUAUUCAACGGCAAUGUUAAAUGCUGCUCCGGUGUGCUUCGGUGAUAAACGGAGUGCUUUUUUAGGCAUAAAUUCCCAACAAGAAUUAUGGUACGAUAAUGGUGCAGAGUUUGACAUACAGUCAUGUGAGCAAUUCCUCAACGAAUAUAUUCCCAGUUUCGGAAGUCCUAGAGAAAACAGACCCCAGAGUUCUGACAUAUUUGCUACAGAUGACCAGUUACAGUAUCAAUACUCUAGUUGCAUGGUUAACCCACAACAGACGUCUGCUUGGGAUUACAGCCUUCCGUCCGAAUAUUAUUCUCCAGAACAUUUUCUGCAAGUUACAAACACACAAUCAUGCCCUACCGUCCAAACUGUGGGCCAUGUCUUUGAAAAUGCAACUGGAGUCAAGUUGACAUGUAAUGGCUCAAACAUAUCAUCUUUUCCAGAUUGGGAAUUCAGAAAUGAAAGAUUUUCACCAAUUCUUGACGAUGACAGCUUUAGUGCUGAUGCAUUUGACGACAUCUUUGCUGAAAUUGAGUACAAUUCAAUUGGAAGCUGCACUGAAGGUUCCGAGUCGCCAACAGCAGUCUCUUCUUAUUCUGCUGAUAGUGAAUCGUCAACAGAGACGGCAUCUGCUUCUGAAAGCGCAUUUUCAUUUGCUGUUUCCAUUGACGAUUUAUCGGCACCAGUUUCUCAAAUGAUAGACCAACAUCCACCACAGGCGACAUUUCCCAGUAGUUCAGUCGUUGCGUCGCCGGAAAUGCAGCCAAAGGAUACGCUGCCAUCAUUUUCCUCAAUAUUUUUGUGACAUUCGUGAAAUUGUGAGUGUGUAUUAUAUUGUUAUACUAGAAUGGACAACAUUUAUUUAUAUAUUUAUUUAA